UUCCGAAGAACUAGUCGUUAACGGUACAUUUACAAGUGCACAGCUACUGUGCAUUGUCACUGUACUUUGCUACUGUACGUUGUCAGUUUGUAAACUCAUGGAGUGCAGUAAUGUGCAGUUGAUGACUUCAGAAAAGACAGAAAUGGUUGCUUCUUCGCCCAUGCUGGAAAUAAACUGCAAAGAACAAGGUGACUGCACUUUAUCGUCAACAUUUCUCUAUCUGCCUACAUGUAGGUAGUCUGACAGUACAAUGCCUCCAUUGUUUCAGUGCCACAGCUGGCAGCGAGUUCAUGUACAUGUAGGUGUGGCUUCACAGCAUUGAUCCAUGUCAUAUUUACAUGUAGGCUAAGCAUUGUGGAUCUUCAGUUCUGGGUCCAUUUAAAAAAUAGACUGACAGUAGGAGACUGCAUUGAUUGCAGCAUGGAGCUGUUAAACACAUUGCAGGAAUGCUUGAAGGCAUUGAUCGGCUUUUGUACCUGCUGAGUUCUACAUGUAUUGUACAUGUACAUUGUGUACACAUGUACAUGUACACUGUAUCUGAACAUGUGAUGCCAUUGCUGCACCUGUAUAACUGCAUGAUUAGGCAGCCCUCAACAAGCGGAUGAAAUUGGUCUGCAAACUGAUGCCAGGAUUUACACCUUAUGUAAUGAACCUCAUUUGAAUCAUUUGCGGGUUGCUGACAGGGCUCGCUGUGUACAUGUACAGGGAUGAAGUCAUUUGACCCAGUGUGAACAGCUGAGGCUGUGCUGGAUGGAGCACACAGGCUGGAGACUGCCGGGAUUGGAUAUUUAGGAAACAUGAGAAUAAAUGGGUCGACAGGUCCCUUUUUUUUUUUUUAAAAUAAAAGAACACAGCUCAGCGGCUUACAUAUUUUGGCAGACUUUCACGCAGAGAUUUCCUACUGUGCCUGUAUAACUUCGAUAGAAAGUUGGGAAGCAUUCCUAUUCAAAACGGCAAGAGGAACACAUGGGUCAUCCUUUAGAACUUGAGGAUCACGUAGACUCUGCAUGUAUACGUGUACAACUUCAUACUUCCACCCCUGUUCGCAUGUAUGCGGCCUUUGCAAACUUUUUUGAUGUCAAUAAAUAACAUCGUUCGGGAUAUCAUUUGACAGACUGUUCAGCCAAUGAGAGAAUGCCAACUUGUGGUCACUGAUGGGGUCCUCUGAUGGGGGUCCUCUGAUGACCCACAUAUAAAUGUACUUCAGAAACCAGCACUAUAAAGUGGGGCUUUCUGACAAGCCGACCAAGCGUGUUGACAGAUGCCAUACCUAAGCGUGCAUACUGGAGAAAGUCUUGUACCCCCCCCUUUGUCCCCCCUCCAUGUUAAACUCAGUUGAUCUAGGAUCUUCAAGCCCGACAUUUUUUCUUCGAGAGGGUCUUCCAUUUUCAGUGACUUUCCCUGGCCUGAACUUCCUCGACUCCUUUUUCGCGGAAAGUGCUGGCCUGACCUCGACUUAGUGCCAACAACGGGACCAGGAUUGUGUUUGAUUCCAAGGGAUCACAUUUUAAGACUGCGGGCCACAGGUUGCAGGAGGUAUGGCCCCCCUUGAACGCACUGGGCGGAACGUGUCGUGACUGUGAUUGGAAAACUUGGCAGUCUCUCCAGCCGCAAUGCCAGUGGGGGUGCUGCGCCUUUUCAAGAUCUGCAGGUCUCAUCCCAGUAAGCCGUCCCAGAAGCCCCUGGACUCCUCAGACGAGGAGGAGCCCCAAGACAACAGCUACUUCCGGGAGGAUGGCGUCAACGAACGCGACAACCUCAUCACGGACGGGGACCAGCGGGAUGAGAGAUAUCGGGCGGAGGAGGACGAGGAAGAAGAGGAGGAACAACUGGGAUCCGACGAUGAUGAGCAAGAGGACCCCAAGGAUUACUGCAAAGGUGGCUACCACUUAGUGAAAAUUGGUGACCUUUUCAACAACCGGUAUCACGUCGUCCGCAAGCUAGGCUGGGGACACUUCUCCACUGUCUGGCUGGCGUGGGACCUCAAGGGCCGUAAAUAUGUAGCACUGAAGGUGGUUAAAAGUGCACAGCACUACACAGAAACUGCAAUAGAUGAAAUCAAACUACUUAAAGCUGUACGAGAGAGUGACACAUCUGACGCAAACAGAGAGAGAGUAGUCCAGCUGCUAGAUGACUUCAAGGUAUCCGGUGUCAAUGGAACCCAUGUGUGCAUGGUCUUUGAGGUGCUCGGCAAUAACCUCCUCAAACCCAUCAUCAAGUCCAAGUACAUGGGCCUCCCACUGCAUCAAGUGAAGAGCAUCAUUAGACAGGUCCUGGAAGGCUUGGACUACUUACACACCAAGUGUCACAUCAUCCACACGGACAUCAAGCCCGAGAACAUCCUGAUGUGUGUCAACGAUGAGUACAUCAGGAAACUGGCCCAUGAAGCCAAGGAUUGGGUGCAGGGUAACGCCAAGCCCCCAGUGUCAUCUGUGAGCACCGCUCCCAUUGAGAAGAAACCAGAAAAGCUGUCCAAGAACAAGAAGAGGCGGUUGAAGCAGAAGCAGAAGAAACAACUUGCCCUCCUGGAAAAGCAAGAGCAACAGCUGAUGGAGCUGGAGAAGGAGAGACACUCAAGGUUAUCAGCCACAUCUGACAAAGACCAAGUCCACUCCAUGGAAACAGAGAGGCAGCAGCAUGCUGGCAACAACAGCAGCGGCAGCAGCAACGGCAACCAGACGCCGCUCAGCGAGACGGCCACCACUCCAGGCAGUGAGUUUGCCACUACCCCGAGCAGCGAGUACGCCACCACGCCAGGCAGUGAGGUUGCCCCAGCUGCCCUGGCGGGUAAGGAAAUGGGGAACGAGACGGCCAUGCAAGGGGUGCAGGAGGAGGCGGAGGAGGUACAGGAGAGGAACGACCGGCUGGAUGCCGAUGGGACAGAGGGCCAAACAGCUGUCACAAGCCUGACCACAAAUGGCAACGGGAACCCCAAAGAGACCAACAUACUAAUCACCGACACCCAGGACCCAGUGGAUGAAACAUCGUCAGAUACACCGGCCAGCCCGCAACGGUUAAAACAGCAGCAGGAGCCGUUACCCAUGGCAGAUCCUAUGGUGGAUCCCAUAGGGGACGGCCCCUGGGUACAGGCUCAGGACGCCGGCGAACUCUGCAACGGCUACGGGGACGAGGGCGGAGACAUGGAGAGGGAGGAGAAGGCGGAUGAGGUGGAGGAAGGAGUCGACGACAGGGAGAAGAACGGGGAAAUGCAGAACGGUGGGACGGACCACAGCCAGAUGAAUGGGGAUAAGAGCGACGACAAAGAUGAUCUUGUCAAAGACGCAAGUCCUGAAGUUUCGACAAACCAGGAGAACAGACUUCUGGAUGACCCCUCACCGAGCAAAGAGGUAGAGCUGACCAGCGUGCAGGAGACCGGACAAGACACGACGGAGGUUGAGGCACGAGGGGAGAGGUGGCAGGAGGCAGAGAGAGGCACAGACGAGCGACAGGAGAAGCGGGAGCUGGAGAAGGAUAGCGACGAGCAAGAUGCAAUACGGGAGGCGGGGCGGGCCAGCAAGGAGGAUGUAAUGAAGACGGGCAAUCCGACGGAGGGUGAGGAGAGCCCGUCAGCCAAUGGCGACACUGAACUGAAAGUCAAGAUUGCUGAUUUGGGCAACGCAUGCUGGACACAUCAUCACUUCACCGAAGACAUCCAGACGAGGCAGUAUCGAGCCUUGGAAGUCAUUAUCGGAGCGGGGUACGACACUCCCGGAGACAUCUGGAGCACAGCUUGCAUGGCAUUCGAGUUAGCCUGUGGUGACUACUUGUUUGAGCCUCACUCGGGUGAAAACUACAGCAGGGACGAAGAUCACAUUGCCCACAUUACUGAGCUGCUGGGCACGAUACCCAAGCACAUUGCCCUCGGGGGGAAGUUCUCACGGGAGUUCUUCAACAGAAGAGGUGAGCUGCGCCACAUCACCAAGCUGAAGCCCUGGAGCCUCUUCUACGUCCUGACAGAGAAGUACGACUGGACCGAGCGGGAGGCCAUCGAGUUUGCCUCCUUCCUGGAGCCCAUGCUGAAGUUUGACCCCAACAAGCGGGCCACGGCUGCCGCGUGCCUCCAACACCGCUGGCUCUACUCCUCGUGACGGCGGCUGCACCGUAAUCAGUGCUCGUAGAAUUUUGAAAAUAAAGGGAAAAGGCGAAAACACAACCGAGCUCUUACUCAUUUGUACAGUACACAGGGUAGGGCAUUGUUCUUCCGUAAACGGCACAUGAUUGAAUGAACAUCAUAUGUGUAAGAAAUAAAGUACUAUAAGGAAUAGAGUUGUUUCACUGUCAGUCACAAAUAAACGCAAAUCAUCAGUUGAAACAAGGACUUCCCUCGCAUAGUCCCUGCACCUGGAGCGACUUAUUUUAAAACGUCCAUGCAUGGAACAUCACUUCGGUGUAUGGAAAAAGUAUCCCCUCUAUCGUUUUGUUUAGAUUAGCAUCAGAAGAGCAGUGAAGUGGAUUACACUGUGUCAACAGUCUAGGCUCACUGCGAUAUUUGCCAUGAUCACAACAGAUCCCUGUUGCUGUGCCUCCAGGCAGGAUCUGGGCGUAACAGGGAGUGAUCUUUGACAAAGGAUUGGGACUAAUGCCUUGGCCGGGAUGCAUGUGAAUAGCUUGUGUUGUACCUUGACGACUGGGCCAUUUGCAAUUUCAUGUGUGACAAAUCGACAAUUAGUUGCUGCCAAUCUGGUAGAGAACGAACAGAGAACGUUUGUAGCACUUCUUAAGGACAAAGGUUUGUGCUUUUUAUGUUUGUUUUUUUAAUAUUUCAAAUCGGUCGUAUUUUUUCUGUAUCUUUAACCCCUUUGCUACGGAGGACUGCUACUACCACACCGUUGUGUGAGGAUUAAUGCAUACCACACAUACAGUCCA